AUGGAUGGAAAACAGACAACACAGAACAUUUCAACAAUUCUCACAGAAGUUAACACUUUACUGUCUCGACCAAUGGAUACAAAGGCUGUGCUCUGUUGCCCUCUUAUCCCAUUGACAAAUAUGACACUAGUAACAUGGGAAAUAAUCCUCGAAGACAAGCCUGCCUGCAAACUCUCCUAUAGGAGAGACACAAAUGAGACCAGGGAAACCAAUUGUACUGACAAGAGAAUAACUUGGGCCUUCAGACCUGAUCAGAAUCCUGACCUUCAAAUUGAUCCAGUGGCCAUCACUCACGAAGGGUAUUAUGAGUGUAUAAUGGCAGCAUCUGAUGGGAAUUUCCACCGUAGAUAUCACCUCCAAGUGUUAGUGCCUCCUGAAAUGACCCUGUUUCUACACAAGAAUAGAACUGCGGUGUGCAAGGCAGUGGCAGGCAGGCCAGCUGCAUGGAUCUCCUGGAGCCCAGAAGGGGAUUGUGUCACUGAGCAAGAAUAUUGGGGCAACGGCACAGUGACUGUCUGGAGUUCAUGCCGCUGGUCACACAGCAAUGUGUCUGCUGUGACCUGCUCUGUCCUUCAUUUGACUGGCAACAAGAGUCUGUUCAUAGAGUUGCUUCCUGGUACCAAAACAUCAGUAAAAUUAUAUAUUCUAUAUCUCAUCCUCCCCAUUAUUUUGAUCGUCGUGGGAUCCAUUUGGUUUUUGAAAAUCAGUGGCUACAGGAAAUGUGAAUUGAAAAAAACAGAAGCUCCUCCAGUUGUUGAGGAGGAUGAAAUGCAGCCCUAUGCCAGCUACACGGAGAAGAACAAUCCACUCUAUGAUACAACAAACCGGGUGAAGAUGUCUCAGGUGUUACAAAGUGAGGCUGAUGGCGUGGGCCUCCAUACUGUAUAAGUUAAUGGAAUCUAGCACCAGGAAAAAUGAAUUAAGAUACAUCACAAUUACCGUUUUGAUUUUCUUACCAUUCUAGAAUGGAAGACCUAUUUUGAAGUUAAUUCUUCAAAGGCUCUUAAAAGAUGAAGACAUUCUAAUGAAUUAGUAUUUGUAUCCUUAUAUAACUGGAAUUUUAGAACCUUAGCUGCUACCAGCUAGUUCUCUAAAGAACUGAUGUAAUUAUUACAAAGCACAUGCUCAUGAAAAAAAUUCAAAUUGUGCAGUAUAGUAAAUAAUGAUAACCGAGUUUCCACAAGAACUAAGUCUGUGGAAGGAACAAUCAUCAACAGUUUCUUAUGUAUCCUCCUGGAAAAUUUCUACGAACAUAUGACAUGUCUGUAUGUCUAUGGUUUAAGUGUGCAUUUAUGUCUAUUUACAUAUGUGUAUAAGUAUCCUUGUCAAAACACAAAGAGAAACAUACUGUAAUGCUGUUCUGUACUUAUAAAAAGCUAAUAAUGCAAGUCUUGGGGAUCUUUUUAUAUCAAC